AUGGCAAUUGUAGCAAUAAAAAAUGCUGUAAAAGCAUUUGUAUCUUCUAAAUCAGAUAACGAACAAGAAUCUCCACUAUUAAAUGAGUCAAGAAAUAACAAUAAUAACAAUAUGUAUGGAUCGAAUUCUCGUGAUUUAGAACAACAUAUUAUACAGUCAAGUGAUAAAUCUAUUUCUUCGGAAGAUAAUCAUAAUGCCUCAUUAACACAUAGUAUAUUUAGUUCUGUAGACCCUAGAGUCAUUAGUGAUUUAAUUAUUGGUUUAAGUGAUGGUUUAACUGUUCCUUUUGCUUUAACGGCAGGUUUAUCUUCUCUUGGAGAUUCUAAAUUAGUUAUCACUGGUGGGUUUGCAGAGUUGAUUUCUGGUGCUAUAUCAAUGGGUUUAGGUGGCUAUCUGGGUGCUAAGAGUGAAUUAGAUUAUUAUAAAUCAGAAGUGAAAAUAGAAAGAAAGAAAUUUUUUGAAGAUACAACUAUAGUAAAUCAUGAAGUUGAAGAUAUUUUAUUAAGCAUUAAUCCAAAUUUCAGUGAAGAGACGAUUGUUUCAUUUAUAAAGGAUCUUCAAAAUGAUCCAGAAUUAAUGUUAGAAUUUUUAAUUAAAUAUGGAAGAAAUUUAGAAGAACCUGCUGAAAAUAGACAAUUAAUUAGUGCUGUAACAAUUGGUGGUGGAUAUUUAUUAGGAGGAUUUGUACCUCUAUUCCCAUAUUUUUUCGUAGAUAAUGUAGGCACAGGUGUUCUUUAUUCUACAAUCCUAAUGGCUAUCACAUUAUUUAUAUUUGGUUACUCUAAAGCACAAUUAUCAAUGGGAGAAACUGCUACACCAUAUAAGAAGACAGUCGAAGGUGUAGAGAUGAUGGCAGUUGGUGGUAUCGCAGCAGGUGCAGCUUGGUACUUUGUCAAAUUAUUGGGGUAA